GUUCCAAAGAUGGACAUCAGAACAGUUAGGAAUAACGUUCAAAAUCCUAGGGAAAUUGAACACUCGGACAAAGGAUUCUUAGCAAAGCAAUUUUACUUCUGCGCAGAGGGGUGCCUCCUUGGCCAGUUGCCAUGGGAGCACACCUGAACAAAGGGGCACGAGAGCCUUUAUUCCUGACACAAGUCCUGCCUCUGUACCCUUUCCCCAUUGGUCGGGGUCGGGUCAUACAAUCUAAACUGAUCCCAAUUGGCUAAACAUUUGAUUUUUCUUAGAUAGGGUGGGCAUAUGAAGGAAAGUGGAGGGAAAGGGGAAGGGGUGUCUGUAAUGAGCCAGAAAGUGAGUCCUCUUUCCAAAUAAGGAAAGGAAUGUGAGCUGGUACUGAUAAUGCUUGGUACUGUGGCGUGCCUGGGCAUUAAACAAAGGCAAGAAGGGAAAAGGAGAAAAAAAGGAGAAAAAUUGAGGGGUACUAUGAAUUAAAGAAUACAAGAUUGAUCAGAUUAUUUGAAGAGAAACCUUAUCACAUACCAUACUGUGAAGAGGCAUGAUUGUAAGUUUCCUGAGGCCUUCCCAAUCAUGCGGAACUAUGCAUCUCUUGAUUUACACCUUCAACAAUGACAGAACUCUGUGAUCAGCUUGUGGUAACAAGAAGGAAACAUGUGGAAUGUUCAUCACAGCUGGCUUCUAGAGACAACUCAAACUUUCUCUGCUCACAUCCUUUCCACUGCCAGAUCUAUGUAAAUGGAAUCAUCCCGUCUAUGUUUGAGGUUUAGUAAUUCUUCAGUUUUCCUCAGCAGUGAAUAAUCAGAAAGUCUUGGAUCUGAUCGGUGUUUGCUUUGGCUACCCCAGAAAACCUCCUGAGUCACCCCAGGGACCCACAGGAGAGUACACUUUCAGUAUUUCUUCAAUAAAUGGAAUCUUUAUGAAGAGCAUUUCAAAAGAUUACUAACCUGACUUGUAUUAUCCCAUUACUUUUCUUAUUGCUGUGGAUGUUCGUUAACUACAUUUCUCUGUUUUAUAAUUUUAGCCUUCUUUUCAUUUCCUGAGCUCUCCCUGAUGGUGGGUCCAACAUUUUACUAUAAUUCUGCUUGCUUCUCGUCAAGAUACAUUCCAUCACAGGUCCUGUUUUCCUGAGCUCUCACCUCUGAUAUAAGCCUGGAAGAAGAGUAAAUGAGACAGAAUAACAAUAUUACAGAAUUUGUCCUACUUGGCUUGUCUCAGGAUCCUGGUGUGCAAAAAGCAUUAUUUGUCACAUUUUUACUCACAUACUUUAUGACAAUGGUGGGGAACCUACUCAUUGUGGUGACUAUUAUUUCCAGCCCUUCCUUGGGCUCCCCAAUGUACUUCCUCCUUGCCUGCCUGUCACUUAUAGAUGCUGUAUAUUCCACUACCAUUUCUCCUAAGUUGAUUGUGGACUUAUUCUGUGACAAAAAGACUAUUUCCUUCCCAGCUUGCAUGGGUCAGCUAUUUAUAGACCACUUGUUUGGUGGUGCUGAGAUCUUCCUUCUGGUGGUGAUGGCCUAUGAUCGCUAUGUGGCCAUCUGUAAGCCACUGCACUAUUUGACCAUCAUGAAUCGACAGGUUUGCAUCCUUCUGUUGAUGGCGGCUGUGACUGGAGGUUUUGUGCAUUCUGUGUUUCAAAUUGUUGUUGUGUACAGUCUCCCUUUCUGUAGCCCCAAUGUCAUUGACCACUUUGUCUGUGAUAUGUACCCAUUAUUGGAACUGGCGUGCACUGACACCUACUUUAUAGGCCUCACUGUUGUUGUCAAUGGUGGAGCAAUGUGUAUGGUCAUCUUCAUCAUUCUAUUAAUAUCCUAUGGAAUCAUCCUAAACUCUCUUAAAACUUACAGUCAGGAAGGGAGGCGUAAAGCCCUGUCUACCUGCAGCUCCCACAUCACCAUGGUUGUCCUCUUUUUUGUUCCCUGUAUUUUCAUGUAUGUUAGACCUGUUUCAACCUUUCCUAUUGAUAAAUUCAUGACUGUUUUUUAUACAGUUAUCACACCCAUGUUGAAUCCUUUAAUAUACACGUUGAGAAAUUCAGAGAUGAGAAAUGCUAUAGAAAAACUCUUGGGUAAAAAGUUAACUAUAUUUAGAAUAAGAGUGUCCCUCCUCGUGUAGAUAAGGAGUUAUGUAGUCAAGGUCUUCCCAGUCAAGUUUUCAGAUUUCUAAGGGCAUGUCAAGCAUCUCAAAGUGGAAAGACAGGAUUUAGAUGCUCACAGCUCAAUUAGGAAAUCAUCCCAUCGUGGCAUUUGUUUGAAGUUCAAUAUCUCAAUGUCUAUAUCCCGGCUGAGUGUGGAUGGAGCUGCUUCUUUGCAGGUCCUAUUGUGCACGAUUCAAAUGAUAAUUUUCCUAUUUACAAAUCUUUGAGACCCGGUAUUUCUUCCACAUACUCAGCACACAAUGGAGAAAUGUAGGAAUAGGUAAUAAAAUGGAGGCUCCUGUUGAGAAGGGAAGGCUAUGGUGCUUCCUUCAGUGUAAUUUAUUUAAAGUCUUUGUGGAAUAUACAGGCACUAUAUUCACAAAUAUCUGUGAAACGGGCCUUGCUCAGACUUCAGCUGAAACUCUACAUGCAGUCAGAUAAUACUCUUAGGAAUCUUAGAAUUAUGUUUGUCUAGUUUAAUGUAUUCAUGAGAUAUACCGUUAAAUUUUCCCAUGGUCUUUCCAAGUGUCUUAACUUCCACACCUUUGAAAUGACAUUUAUUUUGAUGACCUUUCUACUUUUAGAGUACUUAGCUCUUUGCAGAGACCGGAAAGGGGAAUGAGUUUUAUGUGUGAAGCUAGUAAUUUCUGGUUCUUUUAUAUUUCUUGUAAUUUCUGUCUGAAAAUGUAACAGUUAAUCUUUUAAGCAAUGUGUUUUUUAAAAAUCUGUGCCUUUUAAUGUAACACACUGCUGUAAGAAACAGCUGCAAUUUUCAAUAUUCUCCUUGGAAAUUUUAGCGAAAUCCACCUAUUCACUUAAGUACAUUUUUCAUUUUCUACCUUCCUAUAGGUGACAGAAUUACUAAAUUUUUUCAGUCCUGGAUGGCAACUCACUUUUGUCACAGCUUCUAGAAUAGUUACUUCUGUCUUUUAAGCAUUCACUUAUAAUAUCCUGGUGGCUGCUAUUUUGGGGCACUAAAACCAGUGUCAUACACUUUAAAUUGUUGUGGUGGAAAUACCACACUUUGAGGUCCUGUCUUCAUGUAAGGUUCAGAGCCCCACAGUUAUUAUGAGUUAUAACAACCACCAUAUUCUUUUAUCUCAAAAUUUUGUGAGCCAGGAAUUCAGGCAGUUGUUGGCAGGGUAUUUCUUCUGUUUUGUGUGGCAAGGACUGGAGUCACUCUCUUAUUCACCUGAUAACUGAGGAUUCUGUAAAAUGCAGGAUAACUUAAUUCACAUUUAUAGUAUGUUGGAAGGGAUAACCCUUAAGAGAUGUUCUGGGUCCCUCUUCCUGUCCUUUUAGAUGAAGGACAUCAAGAUCACUCCAUUGAAUAGUGAGGCUUUUUACAUGUUGCUCAGAGAUCCUAGCGGUAGAAAGUAGAUGGGUCUGGCAGGUUAAGUGCUAGGUCCAGAACUGGCACAAUGUCACUUGCAUCACAUUCUAGUCAACCGAGUGGUCACAUGACCACACCAGAUUUGAGGUUUUACAGAAAUAGAAGAUAACUCUUGGUUGGGAACUGGCAAAGUCACUUUGCAGAGCAGCAUGUAGAACAAUUGUCUAUAUCUCAAAAGAGCAUAUUGGAGUUUUAUUCAUUUUAAGUUGGAUCUAUGAAUCAACUUGUACUAACAUUAACAAUAUUGUGUGUUCUAGCUGCUGAAUACAAUAUAUCUGUUAGGUAUUUUUAAAGUUUAUUUUUGAAGAGUUUUGUAUUUUUUAUUAAUGUAGGGAUCUUCCUUAUCUAUUCCUAAGUGUUUGUGUUUUCAGAUUUCAUCACAGGUUUUUAAUUUUUAAAAAAGUUGAUAGUUUAUAUAAAGGAAUUGAAUUUUUUAUUUGACACUUGAGUCCUAUAAAUUUGCUAAAUUAUUUCUCAUUCCUACAAAGUUACAUCUGUAGAUUCUUUAGGGUUUUCUGAAACACUAUCAUGUUUUCUACAAGUAAGGAUAGCUCAUUACUUGGAAAGAUAUUGGAGUGUUUCAGUUCCCUUUGUGUCAUUUUUAGAAGGUAGUCCUUUCCCUACAUUCUACCUAAUUCAUCUAAGCUGUCCAGUUAAUUGAAAUAAUGUAUUUCAUAACAACGCUUUUCUAACCUUUUAAAGUCUAAAGGAUCUAUGGGAUGAUUAUUUGUUUUAUUAUUUCUGAUAUUGGUUAUUUGAAUUUCCCUUUGUUCUCUCUUGCCAGCAGUUUAUUAAU